AUGUGGACAAAGUUGAAAACCAUGAAAACUAUAAUUUUUUCUUUUGUAUUACUUUUUUCCCUAGUAACAAUUUCUCAUUCCCUACCUUUGACAACACAAUCAAAAUGGGUCAUUGAUGAGUUGAACGGUGAACGAGUCAAGUUCAAGUGUGUGAACUGGCCUUCUCACCUACAACCCAUGUUAGUAGAGGGGCUUGACAAGAAGCCAAUAGGUUUCAUUGUAAACCAGGUCGCUUUCUUUGGGUUCAAUUGUGUUCGACUCACUUGGGCUACCAAUAUGUUUACACGUUAUAGCAACAAAACCGUUGUACAAACUUUUCGUGAUUUAAGCCUUACAAAUGCAAUUAAAGGCCUUGAGAUAAAUAAUCCUCAAUUUUUACCUCUCACGGUGGUUGAUGCUUUUUCGUUAGUGAUAGGUGUGAUUCAGUCUUAUGGAGUCAUGGUGAUACUUGACAAUCACGUGAGUGAACCAAUGUGGUGUUGUUCCAACAAUGAUGGAAAUGGAUUUUUUGGAGAUAAGUAUUUUGAUCCGGACGAAUGGUUAGAAGGUUUAUCUAUCGUGGGAAAACGUUAUAGAAAUACUCCUAUGGUUGUGGCUAUGAGUUUACGGAAUGAGCUACGUGGGCCUCGCCAAAAUGCGAAUGAUUGGUAUCAGUGGGUUCGCAGAGGUGCUAGUACUAUCCACAAAGUUAACCCUAAUGUGUUGGUUCUUAUCUCUGGUUUAAACUAUGACCUCGAUUUCAGUCCAUUAAAAUCUGAGCCUUUAGGACUAGAUCGUGCGUUACCAAACAAAAUAGUAUACGAAACACACAGAUACUCGUUUACAGAGGGACAAAGGUGGCUACGUCAACCACUAAACCAAAUGUGUAGUAAUGUUAUUCGUGAUAUAAAUAAUAGAGCAACGUUUUUAACAACAGGGUCAGAUCCUGCCCCGUUGUUUAUUUCCGAGUUUGGCGUGAACUUAAUGGGUACGCGCCAAAGUGACAAUGUUUUUUUGCCUUGUUACAUGGCUUUUUUGGCUGAAAUGGACUUGGAUUGGGCUGUAUGGGCUUUGCAAGGAAGCUACUACCUUAGACAAGGGGUCCAAAAUAUGGAUGAACAAUAUGGACUCCUUAAUAACGAUUGGGAGGGGCUACGAAACCCUGAUUUUAACGCGAAGUUGUUCCUCCUGCGUCAAACUCUUCAAGUUCCACAAUGGAGAUCGAGCAACUACACAUUCUUGUUCCACCCAAUGACUGGACGUUGUAUACGAUCCGAUUACAAGGACCAGCUUUUUGCAGAUGAAUGCCUUUGGUUGAACGGGUGGAGUCACAGCGGUGAUGGGACUCCGGUGCAACUCGCAAGCACUCCAUUAUGUAUCACGGUGGCCGGAGACGGGCUUCCGGUGAAGCUAACAACGAAUUGCAAUGCAAAACAAAGCACGUGGCAAUCGGUAAAAAACUCAAGGUUCCAAAUCUCAAACAAAGAUGAAAAUGGUGUGGAUCUUUGCCUGGAUUUUGAUCCAAAAUAUUCGUCGAGGAUUGUGAGCAAGAAAUGCAUUUGUGUAGAUGAUAAUGACUCUAGAUGCCUUGCAAAUCCCCAAAGUCAAUGGUUUCAAUUUGUUUCCACCAACAAUAGAUUUGUCUAACGUUAUUUUACACACUAAAGUAUGUUUUUCUAUCGGUGUAUUGGAUAGGUGGUUAGAUAAUACCUACACUUUAUUUUAUUUAUGGAAUUAAUAUUAACUGUUAUUCGCCGAAUACUUCUAUACAAAUCCAUAAAUAAAAACUUUAGUUUCCAAGUUACGACUAGUUUUGCCUUUAAACCAUUAUUAACCACCUAAAUGACC